AUGGCACCAACAACCCCAUUAUCCCACGGCAGCCCAAGUCCAGGAACCGCCCUAGCAAUAGCCAAACGCGCCCUUCUCCUCGCCUCCACAACCACUUUACUCUCCCGCGACCUCUCCCUAAAAUCCGACACCCAAAAAAUAACCCUCGGCGUAAUCUUCGCCUACAUAGCCGCGAUAGCCAUUCUCUGGAACGUGCCCUACAUCCGCUCCAUCCUCUGGCCUUUCAAGAUGCUUGUGAUCGCCUUCCACGAGUUCGGGCACGCCAUCACGUGCGUGCUCACUGGCGGUCGGGUAUUAUCCAUCAGUCUCGACCCCAGAGAAGGGGGCGUGACGCACAUGCAAGGUGGCCGGAGCGGGCUGACGUUACCCGCGGGGUAUCUGGGCAGUUCGUUGAUCGGGGCGUUGUUGACGUUUUGCGGGUUUAAUAUCGUGGCGAGCAAGGUUGCGAGUUUUGUGAUCGGGGUGUGUUUCCUGUUGACGCUGUGGUGGGGGAGGAGGGAUUGGUUGACCAUAGGCACUAUUCUGGCGGCUGUGGGAUUGCUGGUCGGGUGUUGGUUUAUUGCGCAUGCGGAGGCGUUGAGGUAUGUGGUGCUGUUUAUUGGGGUGAUGAGUUCGACGUAUAGUGUUUGGGAUAUUUGCGAUGAUUUGAUCUUGCGCAAGGUCAACAGCUCGGAUGCCAGCGUCUUUGCAAAGAGAUAUGGAGGCUCUUCGCAGUGCUGGGGUGUUAUUUGGUCUAUCAUUUCGUUGGGAUUUAUGGCUUGUGGCAUCAUUGCGGGCAUUGCUGCGUUUCCGCAAACAAGGGCGGAGCAGCAGGAUGAUUCGAAGCAUUUCAUUCCGACGAAGUUCUGA